CGCGGGGGUGCGCGGCGGCGCUGAGGAGAGCGGGCCCGGCGCGGGGUGUCACCUCACUGGAUUUCCCGCGUCCCGUCUGGAGUCAGUGACUCCCUGACAUGGAGAAGCUCAGAGUUGCCAUAUCCACUGUUGGGUUCCAUAGCAUCGCUAGGUCAGAUCUCCUGCCUUAUACAUGUGGCUCUAGGCAGUAAAACUCUAUGAACUGACUGGAUUAACAAAUUAAAGCUGCUUGCCAUGUGGUCAGAUCAUCCAGAAAGAUACUAUGAUCUGGAAAGGAAAACAUAGGUCCACAUCAUGAACUUACUCUUUCAUCAGGCCAUCCUACACAGAUUCAGACCAGUCCAGGCUACCUUAGACUUAUGGAAACAGGUACGAAGGAAGUUGUCUGAAGUUGCAGAAUGAGUCAGUGGCAAACCUAGAAACUGAAUUGGUCGUAUCUUCUUAUUGCCAUGCCUCCUGCCUCUUAUUUUUUUCAUCUUAUGCUCCUUGGACUGGGACAAAAAGAACAAAAAUUUCGUAAUUACUGACCCUGAUGGCACACUGCCCCAAAAAUGAAUACUUUGAUAAUUUGCUGCUCUCUUGUAAGCCUUGUCAUCUUCGAUGUUCUAGUACGCCACCGCCUUCAUGUGAAAACUACUGUGAUAACAGUACUGAUUCAGGUGGAGUUCUUUGGAUUUGUUUGGGCUUAGGAUUAAUUUUAAUGCUCACUCUGUUCACCUUAAUGGUCUUGUUUAAAUGGAAGCACCUAAAGCAACUAAAAGAAAAACUGAAAAACACAGACUCUUCUGUGGAGCUGAAUAAUAUUCUCAAGGCUAAUACUGAAAGCAGUGUGAAUACAGAAGGAAUUAGACAUUCACUUCAAAGGGAAACAUUAAUGUAUUCAGUGGAAGAAUGCACUUGCAGUGACUGUGGCUUGGUAAAACCUCAGACUGGCUGUGAAACUUCAUUCCCAUUACCAGCUACAGAAGAAGGAGCUACUGUUCUAGUUACCACAAAAUCUUUUGAUUAUUGCAACUAUAUUCUGGGUGCUGGGUGACUAUGAGAGAAAUACGUUUUUACUGCAUAAUAAUAAAUGAGUUAUUCCAGUAUAGCUAUUAAUACUUGCAGUCAGUGGAGAAGGCUAGUACAUCAUCCUUAUACAUCUUCUAUUGAGCUUUCAUUAAUAUUGUCAUAUUAUUUCUAAUUCUAGUAUCUCUUUGGUCAAGUAUUUCUACAUUAUUCUCAGGUACAAAACUAGUUAUUGGAAUUUUUAAUUUCUGAAAGUCCCUACGUAGGAUGUCUUUUUCUGCCUUUAGAGAUUGUAUCUACUUACACCGAAUAUAUACAAACCCACCAAUAAACAAGUU